UGAAUCCAGAACGCGUCAAAACCGGAGGGGCGCAACGAGAUAAACUGAGCGACGAGGAGCUGACCGAACGGAUGAUUCGGAUACGGGAGCAAAACGAGAAGAUCAAACAACGGCGCGCGGAUGUCCAAGCUGAUGAAGAUGCUUUCAAGAAGACACAAGAGGCUGAACGGGUCAAGGCGGCAAAGACCAAGAAGGUGCAGGAGAACAUCGACCGCACUCGCGAGCAAAACGCUCGCAGGAAGAUGGAGAAGAUCCAAACUCGUGAAUGGGACUCCGGGAAACCAGCCCGAGACUGGAAACCAGUCAAGAAGCCUGAGGAUGGCGAGGAUGCAGAUAAGGCGCCUCGUCAAUCUAUCGGUAUCCGUGGCGUCUCGCGCGGAGGUCGUGGUCGUGGCAGAGGACGAGCGCAACGCACAUCAGCGGAAGCGUCAGCUGAGACAAGCGAGGAACCCAAGGCUGCUGAGGAGGUCCAGUCACCUCCGGAAACAGAGGCAGCAGUGGAUUGGACAAUAGGGGCAGUACCGGAUUGCACGGCUCGAGGACGGCGUACCGGAACCUUGUCUGUUACUUCCACCAUGGGUCGCGGUGUCCUCCUAACCUCCAACCUGCCCCAGCUACAGAAUCUGAUCAAGCGCGACCCUGCGGCUUACAAAGAGGAGUUCUUGCAACAAUGGAACCACUACAACAGCAUCCGACAAAUAUUCCAAAUCAGUCCGGACGAGCAGGCUCAGCAUUUUAGGGAAUUGGUCACAUUCAUUGCGCAGGUCGCGCAAUGCUACCCUAAGGAAACGGCGGAGUUCCCGUCUCACCUAUCCACUUUGCUACUUGAAAACUAUGGCACGCUCUCGCCCGAUACCCGCAAGUCCCUCGUCCAAAAUCUCGUUAUGCUGAGGAACAAGGAUGUGAUCACCUCCAUAGUACUCCUGAAGACCCUCUUCCCCCUCUUGCCCCGCACAACGUCGACGACUCUGCGAGCACUCAUCCGAAAGACAAUCUUAUCCGACAUCCGUACGGCCAACCUCCGUACUAAAAACCACAAGCUCAACCGCGCGGUACAGGCCAUGUUGUUCGGGAUGGUGGAACGCGGCAUGGACGCAGAGGUGGUAGGGGACAAGGGAAAGCUAAGGGCUGCUUCCGGGAUGCCUGCGCAGAAUGCCACGCAGAACGGCGGUGAAGCGAUGUGGGCGAUCGUCUUGACGAAAGAACUAUGGAAGAAAGGCAUCUGGAAUGAUGCCAAGACAGUCUCUAUUGUCGCGCUUGGUUGCUUCCAUCCUGUCACGAAGGUCCAAAGCGCCUCGUUGCACUUUUUCCUUGGGAGUGAUGAGGAGAACGACGAUUCUGAUGACGAGGAAGAAGAUGAGCCAGACGUAAAGGGGCUAAAACACCGAAGAGAGAUCAAUAAGAAGACAAGAAGUGGAGAGAAGAAGAUACGGAGGACACUCAAGUCCUUCAAAUCGAAACAAAAACGGAAAGCAGACGCGUUCACACCCAAUUUCCCUGCCAUCCAACUGCUCAAUGAUCCGCAGACGUUUGGCGAGAAGCUCUAUGACAACCUGAACCGUUAUGACAAGCGCUUCUCUCUCGACCACAAAAUCCUGCUCAUGCAACUCCUGGCUCGCGUCAUGGGUGCACACAAGCUCUGCGUUCUUGGAUUCUACACCUACAUCAUGAAGUACCUCACAUAUCACCAGCUACGCAUUCCUGCCAUCCUCGUCGCGCUUGCCCAGUCCGUACAUGACCUCACGCCGCCGGAUGCACUCACGCCUGUUGUGCGCAAGCUUGCACAGGAGUUCGUGCACCCUGGCGUCGGCAGCGAGGUCAUCGCUGCGGGUAUGAAUGCGAUACGUGAAGUGUGUAGACGCCAGCCCUGGGCUAUGGAGGAAGACUUGCUUGGCGAUCUGGUCGAGUACCAGAAGAGCAGGGACAAGGCUGUUACCGCGGCAGCGCGGGGGCUGCUGCAGCUCUUCCGGGAGGUCAAUCCUGGUAUGCUCAAGCGGAGACAGCGCGGCAAGGAGGCGAGCAUGACCAUGGCAGGGGGGAACCAACCCUUACCGUUUGGCCACAGUACAGAUGCCGCCGUGGACAUCGAAGGGCUCGUGCUUCUGGAAGACCAUCUCAAGGCGCUGCGCGCGGAGGAAGGCAUUGCAUCAGGCGAUGAAAACGAGGAUGAUGAGGCUGCCUGGGAGGGCUGGGAUGUCGAAUCAUCAGAAGACUCCGAUGACUCCGGUGGAUGGAUGGAUGUUGAGUCUGACGGUGAAGAUCUUGAGAUCAGCGACAGUGAGGACGAGGGAGAGAAACGGCCAGCUAAGGGGAAAGGUAAAGCUGAUGUCGACGCCGAUGCCGAGUCAACGCAAGACCCUACACCGGUGGAGGAGGCUGCCGCGAACCGCAUCUCGUCACUUGCCACAACAAAAAUCUUGACCCCUGCCGACUUCGCUAUGAUCAACGAUCUGCGGAUACAAGCUGCUUCACAGGCUGUGGAGCGGGGCGCAGGUUCUGGCGCCAAACGCAAGCUGGCCGCCCUGGAGGCCAAAAAGAAAGCGCUCUCUCAGUCUGGGAACAUCGAAGACACGUUCGUAUCAGAGAACGACAUUCUCGGGCCUCGCAAGAAGGCGAAGGCCGAUUACGCUGAGCGCAUGGCCUCCAUCGAAAAGGGUCGCGAGGGACGUGAAAAAUUCGCGUCGCUCAAGGGCAAGAAGUCGAAGGCCGCACCGAGUAGCUCAACGAAUAGAGAGAAGGCGAGGAACAAGCCCAUCAUGAUGAUCAUCGCAAGUGGGGCCGUCCGCAGCAAGAAAAAGGCAUCGUUACGGGACAAACAGCAAAAACUCAGGGCCCACAUAGAUCGGGCAAAGAAAUCACAUCAUUGA